AUGUCAAAAAUCACAGCUGUUCUAAUUGAUUUGAGUGGAACUCUUCACAUUGAAGACCUAGCUAUCCCAGGAUCACAAGCAGCUCUGGAGCUGCUUCGACAACAUGCUCAAGUAAAAUUUGUCACCAACACCACCAAGGAGUCGCAGAGUUUGCUGCAUCGGCGUAUGAUCAAAUGUGGAUUCAAUAUUGAGAAGAAUGAGAUUUUCACUAGUUUGAAUGCCGCUCGAGAUCUCAUCGUCAGAAAUCAUUACCGCCCGUUUUUCAUUGUGGAUGACAGAGCGAUGGAAGAUUUUGAAGGAAUCUCUACAGAUGAUCCGAAUGCAGUCGUGAUUGGGCUAGCACCGGAAAAAUUCAAUGAUGCGACAAUGACGCAAGCAUUUCGACUGAUUAAAGAAAGGAAUGCGUCUUUGAUUGCUAUCAACAAAGGUCGGUAUCAUCAAAAGAAAGACGGUCUUCAUCUUGGUCCAGGUGCUUAUGUUGCUGGCUUAGAAUAUGCUGCUGGAGUUGAAGCGACAGUGGUAGGAAAACCAAACAAGUUGUUCUUCGAAUCUGCACUGAAGACUCUCCAGGACAAUGUGGACUUCUCAACAGCCGUUAUGAUCGGAGAUGAUGUUAAUGACGACGCUCUCGGUGCGAACGAAGUUGGAAUGCGUUCGAUUUUGGUGAAAACUGGUAAAUUCCGAGAUGGAGACGAGUCGAAAGUCAAAAAUGUAGCCAACUCGUUUGUCGAGGCAGUGGAUAUGAUCAUUGAAAAUAGCGUGAAUAUGUGA